AUGGCGACAGAUGACAAAGAUGGUCUUUCUGACGAAUCCAAGGGAGUCACCCAUGGUGAAGUGAUCCGAGAUUAUCAACCUGCACCUGGUGCGAAAUGGCGGUCUGGUCGGCCAGAUUAUGCCGCUGUUAACAAGUUAUACUUUGAGCACCGAGUAAUGAAUCACGCGGAGGGGUCUUUGGAGGCAUUGAUCCAGAAGUUCAUGAAAAAUUGGGAUGUUGAGUGCCGCCACAUUGCCAGCACACAUCAGUGGCAAACCAUGGACGUCAGCAAAUUCAAGGCCGCUUUGAAUGGUGGCUGCCCUUUCAAUGCACAGCUGCUGUCAGACAUGAGUCACGCAAAUGUGUUGAUUGGAGAGACUCCAGAGUAUUCAGCGACGGCAAGCAGUGCCGAAGCAGGAAUGAAGAAUUUUGGAGCUGCCUUUCCUGAAGGAUUUGCAUGGGAGGUGCUCGAAGUGUUUUCCGGUCCACCAAAUGUGACCUUUAAGUGGAGACACUUCGGGAAAAUGACCGGCACCUUCAAAGACAAGCAUGGCAAGGAGCACAAGGGAAAUGGGGAGAUGCUGAACAUCAUUGGCCUUUGCAUUGCCAAGGUAUCUGAAGACCUGAAGAUUGAAUCUGUGGACGUGUACUAUAAUCCAAAUGAUUUAGUGAGACCGUUGGCGACCUGA